GUGCCGCCCGCGAGCUCACGCUGUCCCUCACGGUGGCUGUUGAUAAAGUUUUGUUGUUGAAGUUUGUGCGGCUGCGCAGCCGGGAGCGGCUCUCCGAGCGUGGGGAAGAUGGCGGCGCUGGACAGCGAGCAGGUGGCUAAGGCUGUGAAGGCCCUGCAGGCAUACGUGAAGAAAAGCAGGAAAGAUGCAGAGCUAUUCCUGAAUGAAAAUGAGAACAUAAUGCUGAAUGUUACAGUAUGGAAGAUUCCAAAUCAGGAGCAAACAAUCAAAAUAAAUCUGCCUCAUGGAAUUCGAUCAGAGUCGAUGGAAGUUUGUCUCUUCACCAAAGAUGAACCAAAUAUGACUGCAGAUCAAACAGAGAGAUUCUAUAAAAAGCUUCUCAGCAAGCAUGGCAUUAAGAAUAUAACACAGGUCAUUCCCUAUAAGACACUGAAGACUGAAUACAAACCAUAUGAAGCAAAACGUCGUUUGUUGAGCAGUUUCGAUCUGUUCUUGGCUGAUGACCGAAUAAGACGACUUUUACCUUCCCAUUUGGGCAAACAUUUUUACAGCUCUAAAAAAGCACCUCAGUCAGUGAAGCUGACUUCAAAGAAGCUUGCAAAAGAUCUGAACAAAUUAAUCCAGGGUACAACCCUUUUUGUGAACAAGAAAGGCAGCUGUUAUGCCUCCCGUGUAGCUCAUACUGGAAUGAAGUCCCAGGAAGCAGUGGAAAAUGUUACUGCAGCAGUUCAUGUUAUUGCACAGAAGUUGCCCAUGCAAUGGAAAAAUGUGAAGGUUCUUCAUUUGAAAACACCAGCUUCUGUUGCUCUUCCCAUUUAUGCAUCUGGGAUGCAGAACCUUCAGGAUCUGCAGGAAAGCCUUCCAAAGGCUGUCAACAAACAAAAGAAGCAGAGGAAGAUAAAAGUUUUGAAUUCAAAAAAUCCAUCUACUGCUGUUAGUCGUCUUCUUAAGACAGUGGCGAAGAAGUCAAAAAAAUCAAAGCCUUCUAUUGCCAAUAAACACGCCACAGAAGAAGAAAUACCACAGCUAGUUCCCAUUGAAGAGCAAACGGUCACAAAGAAGGCAAAAUUGCAAGAAUUAAAUGGAGAAAACCACACCAUUCCAAACAGAGUCAAUGGAAGUAAGAAGCCAGUUGGUAAGAAACAACAAAAAUUAAAGCACAAAGAAAGGCAGAAAGCACCUAAACAGAACUCGGAGAGCCAAGGACUACAAACUCUACCUUCAUGAGGGAAACGCCUUCAGACGUAAAACCUUGAAAUGAAAAUCAAUAAUUCCUUAUUUGAGAGUACUGCACAGAAGGAAACUGCUUUAGAAAAAAAUCAACAAAAGUAGGAGAAAAAUUUGUGAAGUCAGCAAUGAAAGCUCCUAAACAAAAACAAAAGAUUCCAUGGUCUGCUUGAGCCUUGGUGGCAGAAGCCAAGUGAGACUGAGUGCAUUUUUCAUACAGUGUAUGAUUUAAAAACAGCUAGAAAGACAUAAAUCUUCUGUAGCCUUUACAAAGUUCACCUUUGAGUAGGGUGUAGAUCCUUUAUUCAAAAAUUGGUAAUAAAUUCUUUGCUAUUCCAAGUGGUCUGUCAAAUAGACAUCGUGUUGACUCUUUUUGUUUAAAUAUACAUGACAUUGUUUAAUAAUUUAAAUGAGACCUGUUUGUUGAUCACUGUGGUAACAAUCUGAAGAAAGUGUCUUAUCUUCAGAAGAAUGGGCAUUGUCACCAGUGCAUAAAUCAUGGGAAUUGAGGAAUAAGGUGUCAAGUUUUAACAGAUUUAUGAGCAUGAAUAGGAACAAGAAUAGGAACAGCUGUAACUAACAGCAAAGUGGAAACAAAAAGGUUGCUGAGAUCUUCAUUUCUUUGUAAACUGUCACCAGUUAUCACUAUUUCUAAUGUAAUAGUUUAGGUAUUGGCUUAAUUGUGCUGUAUUCUCCCUUAGUUAUCCACCAGUUUCCAGCUAAAGGGCAUGGACCUGCAGAUGCUGGAAAUCUGAAACGAAGACCCAAAAUAAUCAGGUCAGGCAGCAUCUGUGGAGCUGCUUUUAAUGAGAGUCAUCAUGACCUGAAACAUUAACUGUUUCUGUUCCCAGAUUGUAUCUGACCUGAUUUCUAUAUUGGCUUGAUUUCAUCCUUAAUUUUGUUUCUUUUCCCUUGUUCCCCUGUUAAAGAGCAUUGCACAUCAGCUUCAGCAGGCUUACUAAUUGCUUAACGGUGGUAGGUGCUGAGGACUGUGAACCUAUGUGCAUUACAGGCGAUACAUUUAAGUAGCAGUCAAAAUGGAUGAAAGCCAAUUACACAUUGCGGGAAAGUAACUGUAGAGUAAAAUUGUCAAGGGUUCUCCCUUUUUAAUUUUUGCAGCACUUGUUCCCACUAACUUUCAAUUACACCACCCAAGCAAAAACAUUUCUUUUAAUGCAUGUAUCAGAAGCAAAUAAGACAAGGCAGACUGGUAAAUUUUAAUGAUCUGUUUGUGUCUUGAGGGAAAUCCAUUGCAGGAUUUAUAUGAAGCUUCUAAUGCAUCAGAAUUUGUUCCAAUGCUAUUAACUGUGCGUCCAUAUAUGUGCUGAACUUGGCUAAUCCUCAUUCGUGCUUACCCUGUGUAAAUAUUUCUCAUGAGAACUGUCAAUUGAAAUGUAAGCUCAAGUCAACCGUUUGUUUAUUAACAAUAUAUCAGGCAUCCAGAAACCAAAUAAAACAUUUUUAUCCUAUUGUA